AGUGUAGCCCCAGCAGUGCCACCUGUCAGUGCCCAUCAAUGCCACCUGCCAGUGCCAAUCAGUGCCACUUAUCAGUGCCAGUCAGUGUCACCUAUCAAUGCCAGUCAGUGCCACCUAUCAGUGCUGCCAAUCAGUGCCACCUAUCAGUGCCAGUCAGUGUCACCUAACAGUGCCAGUCGGUGCUGCCUAUCAGUGCCAGUCAGUGCCACCUAUCAGUGCCAUAUAUGAGUGCUGCCUUUCAGUGCCCAUCAGUGAUGCCUGUCAAUGCCUAUCAGUGCCACCUACUAGUGCCUCCUCAUCAGUGCCACCUAUCAGUGCCCAUCAGUGCAGCCUAUCAGUGCCCAUCACUGCA